UCAAACAUCUAAUCUAAACACUAAUGAUACUCUUAAAGACCACUCGCCAAAGACACUUCCCUCAACUUUUGGUAAAUAAAGUCAAAUUGCUUGUCUCUUCCAAUUGUUUCUCCCUACUAAACUCACAAAAACGCACCACAACAACCUCAACAACCACCCUCUCUUCUCUCACAACACCACCACCACCACCACCAACGCAAAAUAAAAAUAAAAUAAAAGAAAAACAAGAUUUGUUUUUUUUUUUUUCGAUGGACCCCAAGUUCAUCGGAAAACCGCCGGCGACGGUGGACAUAGAGCGCAUGCCGGAGCGUGGGUCCCACCACCGGCGUUCUCACUCCGACACCUCUUUCCGUUUCGCCGCCAACUUCGACGACCUUCUCCUCUUCGACCCUUCCGACCUUGACAUCUCCAACCUUCCUUCGCCACUCCCCCUUCCUUCUCCGGCUGCUGCCGGCGUCGUUCCGAUGGCCGUCGAUUCUGAUGAGUCCGGCGGGCGGCCCAGGCCUGCCGGUAACUCUGCCGGCGGCCACCUCCGGAGCUUGUCCGUGGAUUCUGACUUCUUUGACGGCCUCGGAUUCUCCGCCAGCGGUGAGGAGAAAGUCGCCGGAAAGAGUGCCGGCGAGCGAAGGGUGGGGCAUCACCGGCACAGUAAUUCAAUGGACGGGUCCUCGACGACGUCGUUCGAGGCUGACUCGUCGAUGGUGAUGAUAGACGGUGUGAAGAAAGCCAUGGCUCCUGAUAAACUCGCUGAGCUUGCUCUUAUUGAUCCCAAGAGAGCAAAGAGGAUUCUUGCUAAUAGGCAAUCUGCUGCUCGAUCGAAGGAGAGGAAGAUUCGAUACACAAGUGAGUUGGAGAGGAAGGUGCAGACGCUUCAGACCGAAGCAACUAACCUCUCUGCACAGCUUACCAUGCUUCAGAGAGACACUACGGAUUUGACUGCGGAGAAUAAGGAGCUAAAAAUGCGGCUAGAGGCUUUGGAGCAAGAAGCACAGCUUAGAGAAGAUCUAAAUGAGGCAUUGAAGGAAGAACUGCAGCGCCUCAGGGCACAAAGUAGCCGUUUGGGUGCUAUUGCUAGUAACCCUUCUUUUGGUGGGCUAUUCAACCAGUUGGCUUCUCAGUUAGCCAUGCAACAGUUGAACAAUUCUCCUCCUCAGCAGGCACAACAGCAGCCACAGGUUGGCAUGCCUCCCCCUCCCUCAGAUCAACCUUUCAACGGGCCGAACCGCUCGAACUUCAUAGACUUCAAUCAGCAGAAGUAGCUGAUAAUAGCAGCAUGAAUGAUUGGUUACAUGCAAUAUUCAUCACAAGUAACAUCUUGUACUUAUACAUAUAUGUAUAACAGGUGAGACUUGUGAAGGGUAUCAUUGUGCAGUUCAGUCCCCUUAGUUCUAUGUUGUUUAUCUUCUCUAGUUCUAGGAUAGAACCGUGCCCUAUUAUAUUUACUUGCUGCAAUUCUAGGUUAGCACAGCCUUUGAAAUGUAUGUGUUAUAUAGUUCUUGGGGUGCAUGAAUUUAACAUAUAGACGUAGAAAGACUAGUUGAUUAUAGAUGGUGAAUGAAGUAUAUUGAUUAUCUUCUGGAAUUAAAUAGCAUGUAAUAUAUGUUAGAAAGUUCAAGCUGAAAGCAGUUUCUCCUCAUGCCUUAGGUUCUAAGAUUAUGAGUUCACAACUUUUCGUUUUUAAUCCAUCUUGCAUGAUGAGAAUUUUACCAUUGAUUUUAAAGAUUUUUUAUUGAAAAUAUUAAAUGCAUUAAAGUGAUU